CAUGACUCCGCCCGGCGUCACAACAACAACAAUGGAGACUGAACCGAGCAGCCGAGACUCGAACAGUUCGGACGACAGUUCCGCUAUAAACUUUCAUCAUGUAAAAGCUCUGGUGUCCAAGUGGAUUUUGGACUUCUCCUUCACCAGCCUGUGUCAACACUUCAAGGAGGACAAACUGAACGACUUCGACCUCGCACUGAAGAAGCUGGAGGCCAACUGUGAGGGUUGCAUGACUCAGAAAUGGCAAAUCGCAGCCUUCCUUGGAAGAGUCAUGCACGGAUCCCAGAUCACAGAUGCGGUGGAGGAGGGCGGUGGCUACAUGAUGCCUCUGAUGGUCGCCACCAGCCUCUGGCAAACCCUGCGGGACACUAUGGCCGAUGAAGAGGAGUACAACGCCAUCACCACUCUCCUGCACGUCCAGUCGGUGGCGGUCUGCUUGAAGGAGGGCCGCAGAGACCUGGCCUCUACUGCCCUCAAGUGGCUGAAGGAGACGCAGAACCUCCCCAAGAACAUGGCCAUCAAGCUCUCCACGUUGGUGGCCAAGGGGGACAGCAACCACCCGUACAUGAGGAACUUCCAGUACCAACAGCUGCAGGAGAAGCUCCAGCUGUACCUGGACCACUUCCUGGCUGAGAACCCCUCGGACUUCCUGCUCAAGGCAGCCAUGACGGUGGCCCAGUCUUCACGCAGCCCGCAUCCCGAGUCCAGUGGUGUGCAGGACCUUUCCUCCUCACAGUCAACAGAGGACUCUCUACCCGACUUUAAAAGGCCCAAGAAGAGACUUUUGAACGUUACAAAGCUGGGACUCUGGCUACCACAGUCCAGCAAGAAACCUCUGAAAAAGAGCCCCCGGCUGUCCGCCCAGUCCGCCACCGCCCCCGCCCCGCCGCCCAAGAAGGGCCGGAAGAAGUGGACGCCCUUCUUGGACGAGGUUCUGACCAAGGCCGUGAGGAAGCACGGCGAGGGCAACUGGAAGCGCAUGCUGCUGGACCACGACUUCAACGGCCGCACGGGCGUCAUGCUAAAGGACCGCUGGAGGAUCCUGAAGAGGGACAGCGUGGCCUGACCCGGCCCCCCUACCCCCCCCCCAGCCAUGUAUAUUGAUAAUUAUUUUUUUAACAAAAAAACAUUUUUUCAAUGUUCUCAUAAUUUUCUAAUUUAUUUUUUCAUUUUCACGUUUUAUGUUUGCGCUCCUUGUGUUAUCACUCGAUUCUCCCGAUGGAUGUUGCGCUCAAAUGCCACUAGAGGACUAGCGUUCAAGCGCCACUAGAGGGCCCUCUAAACAGCAGUAGAAAGUUCUGUGCUGCAUUUUUAUUAAAAAAUAUUUAUUUA